GAGCGAUAUGUUUAGCGAAAAGAGAUCGCUACAGAAAGAGAGAAUGAACUGAUCUGAUUGGAGAGGAAGAGAGAAAGAGGCUACGAUGUGGGAUGUAUUGAACCGGAGGACGGGAGGCAGUGCCGGGGUUCCGCUGUGAGCUCUCGGCGCGGUGCCGCGUUCCGUUUCGUGUGAACGGUGAUGGUGAAGAGCGCCAUGGCUGCGGUCCAGCGACUCUCCGGCCUUUCCUUUCUCUGAGUACUGGAUCUGUGUGUGUGUGUGUGUGUGUGUGUGUGUGUGUGUGAGUGAGUGAGUGUGUGAGAGAGAAAGAGAGAGAGAGAGAGAGUGAGUGAGUGAGUGUGUGCGUAUGGGAGUACCGCCGCGCCUCGUGCUGCCCCGUGGAUUCUUUUUAUUUUUAUUUUUAUUCCGGUUUCAAGUCGCAUUUUCCCGAUUUCCUUUCACCUAUGGAAUGUACACAAAGGUUACAGUCUGGAUAGGAGUUUAUGAUCACCAGGGGCAAGAUGUGGGUGUUUGGGAAAUUGGUAUCGAUACGUUGAGGCCUCUGCUUUCCCUCCUCCCCACCGCCUGGAAGUCUGAGCAAUCAGACAUUACAGUGACAGACUCGGGGAGCUGGCACUAAAAUGUCCCUAAGUGGUGGCACUGCAGGCGGGAAAGGUGUGGACUCGAAUGCGGUGGACCCUUACGACAGCGGUGAUGAGUGGGACAUUGGUGUCGGCAAUCUGAUCAUCGACCUCGAAGCUGACUUAGAGAAGGACAAACUCGAGAUGUCUGGCUCCAAGGAAGCAGGGGGAAUGGCUGCUCCGCCCAGUGCUGUCGCUGCCCUGCCCGACAAUAUCAAGUUUGUGAGCCCUGUCGGGGCCCCUCAAGGCAAAGAGAGCAAAUCAAAAUCGAAGCGCAACAAGAACUCCAAGGACAAUAGUACCAAGUCUCCAGCAGGGGACGCCAUGAAAAAAGAGCACCAAGGGCGAACCCAGGUGGAGGUUACUGGUACGACAGGUAGCUCGGGAGGUGCUGGGAACGCCACGCCUGGGAAAGGCAUGGAGAAGGGCGGGAAAACGGCCCGCAAUGUACCAAAUAGUAAAAAGGACAAGGAGGUAUCGAGCGGGAAAAACAAGAAGGAGAAAAGCGAAGGAGCGGUAGCCGUGGUCGCUAUCGAGAAGGAGGUAGCUGCUAACGCUCAAGCACUUGGGAACAAUACGCGUAGCGCCUCCUUUGACAGUGCGCAGAAUGUGGACAUGGCCGUGACUGAGCCACAUGGAAAUAAUGCAUUGGAAUCUGUAGGAAUAGUACCGUUGUCUAUUAAAUCAGAACCCGAAGACAUGGAUAACGGCGAGUGUCGAGUCUUAAAGAAAGUGAAAAACGAAAAGAUGGAGUCUCCGGUCUCUACACCGGCGCCACCUCCGCUCCACCUUCUAGCUUCAGUGGGUAACACGGACAUCGCCUCGCCAUGUGAGCAGCUGAUGGUUCGGACGCGCUCUGUGGCAGUAAACACAUCCGACGUGGCACUGAGCACAGAGCCUGAGUGCCUGGGGCCCUGCGAGCCUGGAACAAGCGUCAACCUGGAGGGCAUUGUGUGGCAAGAAACUGAGGACGGGAUGCUGGUGGUUAAUGUGACAUGGCGGAACAAAACGUACGUUGGAACGCUGCUAGAUUGUACGCGCCAUGACUGGGCUCCGCCAAGGUUCUGUGAAUCCCCCACAAGUGAUUUGGAGAUUAGGCCUGGGCGCGGUCGAGGUAAGAGAAUGCGUCCCAACAGCAACACCCCAGUCAAUGAAAACAGCAACUCCUCUGACAACAAGGGCAGCAACAGUAGCAAGACCAGAGCCGGGUCCAACAGCAAGGCUCGACGUGGCAGUCAGAACUCCUCUGAGCGAAGGACUCCACCCAAUAGUAACACUGAGGAUGUUAAAGCCAGCCCCUCUUCGGCCAGCAAGCGGAAGAACAAGCCCGUUUCCGACAUGGAACCCAACUCCAGCUCUGAGGACACUAAAGGCAACAAGCGUAUGCGCACUAACUCCAACAGUGUAGUACCAACUUCUGGAGUCCCGCUCCCCACCAUUAAGACUGAGUGUCUUCCACCUCCCUUAGACCGCAAUUGCCCCUCACCAGUACUUAUAGACUGCCCAUACCCCAACUGCAACAAAAAGUACAAGCACAUCAACGGCCUGAAGUACCAUCAGGCUCGUGCUCAUAAUGAUGACGAUGUUAAGCUGGACAUGGAUGGCGACAGUGAGUACGGGGAAGAGUCCUCUCUACACCCUGACCCAGGAAGUUGUAACGGGGCUUCAGUUUCCCAGAAAGGUUCCCUUUCCCCAGCACGCUCAGUCACUCCAAAAGGAAGAGGAUUUGAUGCACAUAGUUCUUCUCCCUCCCCAGGGAAAUUUGGCUCCAAGCCUAAAAAGAAAAAUGGAGAAACAGAUGCAGAGGCUUGUGGCAUUUCCAUGGAUUGCUGUGAGGAUGGGCCUUCUCUCACUGAUGAUGCCAGUAAUGAUGGCAUAGAGGACAAAAAGUCCAAAAAGUCUAGUACCAAGCCUGAUAAGUUGACCCAGAAGAACAUGAAACCCUCCAGGCCGGUGGCUCCAGGCAUGUCUUCGCAGCAGAUGUACCCCCUACAGCCAACUCCAUUUAGCUCUGGGAGUCCUAACCAUCCACCAGGAAUGAGUUCAAUGAUUCAAAGCAUUUCCAAAAGCCCCCAGUUUAAAGGCAUUCAGCCAAAGCCGGGUGUGCCUGGAGACUCCUCUCCUAUGAAUCAGGUUCUAGGGGGCUCCAAGGACAAAAAGAAAAAGGACAAGAAAAAGAAGGAGCCUGGGAAAGAUGGAGACAGUCCCAAGCCUUCGGGUAAAAGUGGGAAAACAGAAGACGGGAAGAGCCCCUACUCGGAGUCUUCCGAUCCUGGAAGCCGAAGUGAAGGCCAUUUAAAUGGUUCUUCAGAUCUUCAUCAAAGUCGCUUAGCUAGCAUUAAGGCUGAGGCAGACAAAAUUUACAGCUUCACAGAUAACGCGCCCAGUCCAUCAAUUGGCGUGGCCAGUCGUAUGGACAGUAGUGGACAACCUCUAGCUCCUCUCCAUGUUGUUACUCAGAAUGGGGCUGAUAACUCUUCGGUGAAGACAAACAGCCCCGCAUACUCCGAUAUCUCUGAUGCUGGAGAGGAUGGUGAGGGAAAAGUGGAAGGUGUAAAAACAAAAGUAGAAGAUCAGUCUGGGAGGGAAGGAGCCAAAAAGGCUCUCUUUCCAUCUCAGGCAACCAAUAAAGAGUCACCUUAUUAUGCUAGCUAUGACAAUUACUAUUCUCCAAACUACACUCACCCUAGCCCCAGUGGUGCUAGCACUGGUGCUCCACAGCCAGAUGGCCAAACUGUAAAGAUAAAGAAAGAGGAAGAGCCAGAGCCAAGCGAAGACAAGGCAAAACCAGAGGUUCAGGAGGAACGAAAAGCAGAUUCUGUCUCCAUCCAGCCACAACAGCAGCAACAGCAAGCCUCAGUGAUCCAGCAAAGGCCCAACAUGUACAUGCAGCCUCUCUACUAUGGCCAAUACUAUGUUCCCCCAUAUGGUUACCCAGACCAGGUGUAUCACAACCAUCUCAUGAACACUAGUUCAGCCUACAGGCAGCAGUAUGAGGAGAGGCAGAGAUUGAUGGCAGAGCAGCACAGAGCAGCUAAAACUGAAACGGUCAUGAAAGAGAGAGAAGCCGCCAUGAAGGAUGACUGGAAACAAAAGAGUUCUCUUCCCCCUGGACUCACAAAAGCCCCCAGUCUGUCUGAUCUGGGAAAGCCACAGGCACCCAGCAAACAGAGGGACUCAUCUUCAGAGCCAGCCAAGUCUGUCAUCAUCCCAAAAGCAGAGGAGGCUAAGCUCCAGCCCCAGCAAACGGAAGGCUUAAAGGUGAAGCUCAGCGAAGGUGGCCAUCACGGUAAAGAGGACUCUAAUAAACCGGGUGUGGAGUCGGCCAGGCCAGGCAUGGAGCAGUCUGUGUGGUACAGACAGUAUCCUGAGAACCAGAGACAGGUCGAGGAGGAGCGAGAACGUGACAGAGAGAGGAAAAGCAAAGAUGAGCGAUCACGGACUAAGGAGUCGAGCACCAAAGAAGAGAGCAAGGAGAGUGCAGAUCGCUCAUGUGCUCCUGGCUCUGAGGACUACCGAGGUACAGGGAAAGACCCUCGGUCGAAUGCUCAUAUGCCUUUCUCCUCUGCGCUGGCCCAACAGCAACCCUACAUGCACUACAUGCAUGGAUAUCCCUAUGGGCAAGGCUACGACCCCAACCAUCCUGGAUACAGAGGAAUGCCCUCAGUCAUGAUGCAGAACUAUCCAGGAUCGUAUUUACCUGCUGGUUACCCGUUCUCACCUUAUGGCAGUAAGAUGGGUGGGGGUGAGGAGGGUGAGAAAUCUCGCUCGAGUCCUACGGUCAGCAGCAAGUCGUCCUCUGAUGCCAAAGCCCUGGACAUCCUGCACCAACACGCCAACCAGUACAAGAGCAAAUCGCCCACAGUUAGCGAGAAAGUGGCACACGAGCGAGAGCGAGGAGCGGCGGAGAGAGAAAGAGAGCGUGAGCGAGAAAUGGAUCGACCCCGUUCGUCUCCCUCGCAGAGAAUCAUGCAGUCUCACCACCACCUGGGCUACCCACUUGUACCUGGCCAGUACGACCUGUCCUAUGCCACAGGUCUACCCUCAUCAGCUAUUGUUGCCAGUCAGCAAGCUGCAGCCCCUUCCCUCUACCCACCAGCACGGAGGUGAGAACGGGAACCAUGACUGACUCGACCUCAUCUUCACUAAUACAACAUGUGACUGGAUCACAUGGGGAAGUAUAUGGAGUUCAUUUAGACAUCAGUUGAAUGGUGUUUCUAUAUUUUUAGUUGCUAUUUUUUUUUCCUGCCGGAAUGUGUGGCAGACUGACGUUUUCUUAGCAUCCGUACCUCGUUACCCCACUGAGGACUGUGAGACCAGGUUCAAAGCCAUCCUGCUGCCCCACCUCGCCCAGCCGGCUACUUGAACUCUCUCUGUGAACUAGCAAGGAAUUUAAAUCAAAAUAAUAAACCUCUACUCGUGAGAAUGUUGGACUGCAUAACACACUCCCACAUGCAGGUUGUGGUCAGGCGUUGAGGUACAGUCCAGUGGGUCAAAUGAAAAUUUAAAAAAAGACUGAACUUAUAUUAUCAUUACCAAUAUUGAAAUGGUUGACGUUGGUUUUUUUAUUUUUUCCGAGUGCACAUUUUCCUCCUCGCUGAAGCAUCUGUGACUUCCCACAAUGGUUGUGUUCUAAAUCUUUCCUAAACGUGUCUCAUUGGUGUUGGCUCCCGUGUAGUUCUCAUCGCCACACGCCUCAAGACUGCUUUUUAUUUUUUAGAGUAUUUUUCUGUUUUGUUUUUCAGGAGGGUCAGUUGUUUGGGGUUUUUUUUUUUUUUUAUCCAUUCAGAUUACAGUUCACACUUUCAUACAGAGGAAAUGCCAGUGUCUGUCUUCUUAAUAUAUUCGGUUUCAAUUCGAAGAUCACGGAUCAGGCUGAAAUGUUGUUUUGCAUAAGUAUUUAUUAAAGUAUCAGGUCGCGCUCGUUCCAGUCGAGCUCAUGCGCAGUCGUGCAGGAGUCGUGUCGGCUGUGCAGACAUGGAGGACAUGCAGAAUCAGAUGAAACCCAGCAAAACAUCUCGCCUUGUGCUCGGCUAAACCAGACGUUGCUCAGCUGCUAUAUUUCUAGAGCUUUCUUUUAUUUUGGUUCUCUCUCUCUCUCUCUCUCUCUCUCUCUCUCUCUCUCUCUCUCUCUCUCUCUCUCUCUGUGCAUUGUCAGACGUACUAACUCUACUUAAAUCGACUAGUCAGUGAUGUGACGACACGUGUUUUUUACAAUGCAGUGUGUGACACCUUUCGAGGGAUGUUUAGUUAGGGGUCCGUGUCAUUGAUGUGAUGUGCUGCUCCACUGUGUUGCAAGUGUCAGAGCUUGAUCUUUAUUUAGAUUAUAUAUAUAUAUAUAUAUAUAUAUAUAUAUAUAUAUAUAUAUAUAUAUAUAUAUAUAUAUAAUUGAAAAUGUUUUUUUUUUACUUUAUAUUUUUUAUUUUUUGUAUUUUAUUUGUAUUUUUUUAAAGCAGGCGUGUGUCGUGGCUCAGCAUGGUGUACUAUAGCACUAGAAAUGUGAUGGUGUCUUCUCAGGCAACGCUUUCUUAUUUCUGUUCCUCUUCUUUUCCCCCUUUUUUUUUAUUUUGCCUGUUUUUGUAUUGCUGUCUUGCUCUGCACACACAAUAUGGUGUCUGUAUAUGAUGUACAGAGGAAUUAUUUUAAAAAUGCGACUGGGGAACCAUCGGGGUUUUUUGUGUUCAGUGCUUUAUAAGAUAUUCUUUAUAAGAUUUGAUGUCUCUAUUUUUUGUUUGUUUGUUUUGCUUUUCUCCUCCCAUUAACUCCUCUGUACUGAUGUCAUAACACUUGUUGGGGUUUUUUUUGUUUGUUUUUUUCUCUCGAAAUCUUUACCCAUUUCUGUGACCACAAGCAUCAGGACUGCAGACGCAAUUCAUUCACAAUGCAAUUUUCAGACUAGAUAUUUUUUGCGACAGCAGGGUUUUUUGUUGUUGUUGUGGUUUUAAUCUGAAACGUUCAAACCGACUAAGCCACAUGCACAUUCAGGUUCACUAAUAAAACUGUUUGCUUCUGUAUGCGCUCAAGCUCGUGAAAUGAUUCAGCAGUGCUCUUAUUUAUCCUCUGCAGCCGAACACCAUCAGCUGACACUGAGCUCUACUGCGAAAUGGGUUUCAUAUCCACCCUGAAGCCACUAAAAUACAUUUUCAGGUGUGUUUAGUUCCGCUCAACCGACACAAUGCAAUAAGGUGUAAUGAAACCGGGAUUCAGUUUAUUCGUCACUCGCUCUGAUUUUGCACUCCUGUCUUCUGUAAAACCUCCUGAAUGGUGCUUGACCUUUGAUUAUCUCUCUAGUGGAAGCUGUGCUCUUUUGCAUGGUUUUCCAUCAUUCUUCACACUGGACUCCCACCUUCCUGUGUAAGCGAGCUCCGCCCUCAUCCCCGGCCUCUACCCCAGGCCCAGCGAGACCGUUUCUAUCAAAGUAUCAGUCACUGGUACUAAAAGGAUGUUUACAUUUUUUUUUAAUGGUUGCGUUUUGAAUAAUUCCUCGGCUCCGAUCCUCCAGCUUCCUCCUGGACUGUCCUCUUAUAUGUAAAGUGUACAUUACCAUGUUUCUUUUUUAUACAAUACUGCAACUUGCCUUUGUACAUUUAGGCAAAAAAUAAAUCUUUUUAUGAGACAAUCA